AUGUCAUCACAGUCUCAAGACACUAUGCAAGAUUCUAAUGGUUUCCAAAUAACUCUGCAAUAUGCCUGUUGUCAUGAACAUAUCCCAAGGCCUGACGAUGAAUUUAUUCCCCUACCUCAUGUAAUGAAAGCUUGGGUUGACAACUUCACAUAUCAUGUAUACACGAGUGCAUCAUUGGCAGAAGCCAACAAGCCCCCACACCUCGACCAUGGCAACAACUUCAUAGCAAAGGAGUUUAAAUCGCUGCUUGUGCUCAAGUCUGAUUUUCACAUUCUGGACUUGAAGAAGCAAUGCACACAGUCUGAAGUCAACAUGCUGUCUGAAGCCAUUUUAUGCAUCACUGAGUUCCACUGCAAUGAUGAUGGCUGGGCUUCUGAAACUGCUGAGAUGGAUGGAUCAGAUCUAUCUGAUGCUCGAUUUGAUGACUGGAUGUCAACCUCAUCCACAUCUUCCAGUUCCUGGUCACUCCCAUAUUCUGACUUGUAG